CUGACAGCUUUGUUUUUUCGUUGUUGUUGUCUUUUCGCAGCGAAAAAAAAAACAGCAGCGUCGCGAGUUCUUUUCGUUUAUUUACCAAACUCCGCUCAAGCAAACCAGCGCAUUACGUGUUGCACCGAUGUUUGCGGAUCGCCGGGCCAAUCGAUAAGCGAACGGUGAUAACUCGGCAGUGGAACUCCGCAGCUGGCUGACAAUGGACACGAACGCUGGCGAGUCGGCAUCGCCGCCGUCGAGCAAUGAGGCGGCGGCGGGAUCCCAGUCCCAGAGCGAUGUCUCCGAGGAGGAGGAGUACCUGGACAACAGCAUCGAGCUGCGGGGCUACCUCAGCAAGUGGACCAACUACAUCUACGGCUGGCAGCCGCGCUACAUAGUCCUCAAGGACGGCACCCUGUCCUACUACAAAUCCGAGUCGGAAUCGGAUUUCGGGUGCCGCGGAGCCAUCAGCCUGACUAAGGCCACCAUUAAGGCCCAUGAGUCGGACGAACUACGCUUCGAUGUGGUGGUCAACAACCUGAACAACUGGUGCCUGCGUGCGGAGACCAGCGAAGACCGCAUGCACUGGGUGGAGGUGCUGCAGCUGUACAAGGAGGACACGGGCAGCACGGACACCACAUCCCUGAGGCGCCAUGGCAGCACCAUGAGCCUGCAGUCGAACACCAUCUCGCUGACCAGCGGAGGAAGCCUGAAGAAGACGCAGCGCAACCUGCGCGAAAAGGUCGGCGAACUGGAGACCUUUAAGGACAUCCUGUUCGGACAGAUCGAGACGCUGCAGCGAUACUUCGAUGCCUGCUCGGAGGUGAACAAAAACAAUGCACAACCCCUGGACCUGGGCGACGGACUCAAGUCGAUUGAUUUCAAGGGGGAGUCCAUCACGUUUCGGGCCACCACGUCCGGCGUGCUUACCACCCUGCAGCAUUGCCUAGAAAUCAUCGCCGAGAGCGAUGAGUCAUGGAAACGGAAACUGGAGCGUGAGAUAGAUAAGCGCCGCCGUUCCGAGGACCAGAGCAAAAAGUUCAAGGAAGAAAUCGAGAAAAUGAAGCGUUUAUCAUAUCCUGGCCCAGAUUUCGAGGAGGGCCCACAUUCCACCUUGCCCGAGGAUGAGUUCUUCGAUGCGGUCGAAACGGGCCUGGACAAAAUCGAGGAGGACAUGCAGCUGCGCUUCAAGCUGAAACUGCAGUCCCAGAUCUCUCAGACGCUGGUCAACGUGCCGCACGAGGCGGUGGCCGAGGGCGAGGAGGCGCGCGAGGAGUUCGGCACGGGGGCGGAGGCCACCAGCCAUGCCCUGUGGCCCGAGAUCGAUCGCGUGUGCAAGGAGCAGCUGCACUACGCACGCGAGGGCGUUGGCCAGGACGGCAAUGGCUGGCAAAUCUUCGCCGACGAGGGGGAGAUCAAAAUGUACAAACGCGAGGAGGAGGUCAACGGGCUGGUCAUGGAUCCCCUGAAGGCCUAUCACACGGUGCAGGGUGUGACGGCGAGGGAAAUGUGUCAUUACUUCUUCAUGCCCGAGUUCCGGAAUGACUGGGAGACCACCUUGGAGGACUGCACAAUUCUGGAGAAAAUCUCGGCGGACACCCUGCUCUUUCUGCAAACCCACAAGCGAAUAUGGCCGGCGAGUCAGCGGGACGCGCAGUUCUGGUCCCACAUGCGCAAAAUCACCGACAACCUGGAGCCGGGCGCCCGAGACAUGUGGGUGGUGUGCAACAACUCCACGGAGUACGCCAAGCAGGAGUCCAAGAACGGCAAGUGCGUGCGGAUCUUCCUGACCGUCAUCCUGGCCUGCCAGACGCACCUGCCCGAGGGCUAUGUGAAAGGCCAGCCGCUGAAUCGCAACGAUCUAACCUGCAAAAUAACCUACUGCUCUGUGGUUAAUCCCGGAGGCUGGGCGCCAGCCAGCGCCCUGAGGGCAGUGUACAAGCGCGAGUAUCCCAAGUUCCUGAAGCGCUUCACGGGCUACGUAAUAGACCAGUGCAAGGACAAACCGAUCAUGUUCUGAUAUUUGCCAUAAGCAACAAUGCAAUCAAAACCAAUCAAAGCUGAAGCGUCUCACGCGGACAGCUUGGACUUUAUCCUUAAUAAUCCUCCAGUUUGUGGCCUCAACUAUCUUCUGAUAUCCGUUUUGCUACUCCUUAUUUCAAUUUCACACACCGCAACGCUGAGUUUUACGACUUUGGCUGUUCUGAACGAAGUGUUGGAACACUCCCUUUUGUAUCCGCUAUAGAGCAACUAAGAUAUAAUGUAACCUGUCUAGCCUUAAGUUAUGUGUAAGUGAAACACAAUCAUUGUAUAGCUCUUAGUUCCGAAACUGUCUAUCUGUAAUGUAUAUCUCUAUGAAAAUGCUUUAAAUGCAACAAUUGCAAGAGUGAUGUGAGGAGUGCAUAGGUAUAAGGAAGCUUUCGUUUCGGUGUGAAUCUACAUUAUAAAUCCGCAUACGUAAGUGACGAGUAUAUUCCCAGGUUCCCGCCCAGCAAACAUCUGUUUUACUCAACCGUCAAGUGUAAAUAAAUGCGACUUACUGUUAACUCCAAAUAAAAGAGCGAUCUUUGCUUGGUUUUAUCAUAUGUCAUGUCAUGUA